CUCGAUUCUGACAGCAAAUCGCUGCAGUCGGGCCUCAGCCCAGCCACUUUGGCGCUUGAUGAGACUGGCGCUCGUUCUUGAUUGGGCGAGUUUGAUAAUAAUGCGCGUCUUUUCUCGGAAAAGGACUCCCUGUUCUGAACCGUCAGCUUUCUCAAAAGCAUGGGCGAUGCUGAGUGUUGAUUCCAAGAGAGGAAGCGGCCUCGCCGGCUUCACUCGGACCCGCGUCAUUCAUUUGCCCGAGUCCUUUCGAUGUCAACGAGGGCAUGCUUGAUCACCACCGUCGGUGAACCAUUAUAUGUCAGGCGAGAACAAAGAGCAUGAUCAAAGGCGUUCUACAUUCAUUCGUAAACGAUGCCAAUUCCGA